GUUUUUUGGACACAGGGUCCCACUGCGUAGUCCAGGCUGGUCUCAGACACAGUCUUCCUGCUUCAACCUCCUAAGUACUUGGAUUAGAGACAUAGGGCAUCAUGCCCGCCUGAUCUAAUUAUUUUAGAUGUUGAUUUGCUACUGAAAACCUGUUUUGCAUUAACCUAAGCGACCGGAGCCCAGAUGGGCCUGUGCUCUGGACAUCUAGGAGCAGGCACAGCCCAACUUUCCAGCCCUCACCUCAACCUUCUGCACAUUCACAUACCACCUACUGAACUGAGCGUGCCCCCGGGACCCCCGAGCUGCUCUCCAGCGGCCCAUACUCUGUUUCCCUAUCCCUCAGUCCUCCCCGCUGGCUCCAGAGCCAAUCCACUUCCCAAUCUGUGGAGGCAAAUGUGAGAGUGGACGGGGAGGACGGGACUUGCAACUCUUGAAUCACAGGCCCCCGCCUGGCUUUGGCUGGAGAUGGGGGAGGCUGGCCUCACCGAGGACUCUCCUCCAGAGAGGCUGCUUUCAGGUCGCCAGCAGCUGCCACAGCACAGAGCUCAUUUGCAGCUGUCUCGUGGAGGACCUGAAGCACUGGGACUUGCUGUCACUUAAACAUCUCCUGGAACCUACAAGCUGUGACGUGGGGAGGGAGAAGAGACAAACAGGCAAACCAGCUUCUAGCGGGUCUAGAGCGAUCCGAGCGUAGUCAAGGUCUGGCUGUGGACGGUCGUUCGAGCGCUGUUACCCCCGCUGGAUUUCAACAGUGAAGUCAAAACAGGAGACACGACGCUUGUAAACCUCCAUCAAGACUUUCCUUCUUCCCGCUUCAGGGCGGGGCAACGCUCGCAGCAUAGACGCCCCGGGCGACUGCAGCCCACGCGCUUCCUCGGGGCCUGGGGCUGGGGCUGGGGCCCGGGCUCGACUCGCCCGGGAGCGGAGAGCUCGCUCCUCUGCUGCCCGGCACAGAGGCGCCCAUGCCCGCUGAGGCCGACGGCCCGAUCCCCACCCGGAGAGUCGCCGCGGCUCCGCUCCGCUUCUCCAAGGCCGGAACGUGGGUAGUACACGCUGAGCCCACACGCUCUGGCGCUGGGAGAGUCUGUAGUAACCGUUGCUAAGGACCAGGCGGCCGGAAGUAGGUCGUGCGCCUGCGUACACGGAGGGCGGGGCGGCGCUAAGCAUGGCGGAUGCUGACCCGGAGUCCGAGCAGAUCCGCCUGAAGUGUAUCCGUAAGGAAGGCUUCUUCACGGUACCUCCGGAACACAGGCUGGGACGGUGCCGGAGCGUGAAAGAGUUUGAGAAGCUGAACCGCAUCGGCGAGGGCACCUAUGGCAUCGUGUGUGAGUGGCCGACAUUGGGGCCUUGGGCCUCAGAUCGGGCCCGGGACACCCAGACAGACGAGAUUGUCGCCCUGAAGAAGGUGCGGAUGGACAAGGAGAAGGAUGGCAUCCCCAUCAGCAGCCUGAGGGAGAUAACGCUGCUCCUGCGCCUGCGCCACCCCAACAUUGUGGAGCUAAAGGAGGUGGUGGUGGGGAACCAUCUGGAGAGCAUCUUCCUGGUGAUGGGUUACUGUGAGCAGGACCUGGCCAGCCUCCUGGAAAAUAUGCCCACACCCUUCUCUGAGGCCCAGGUCAAGUGCAUCGUGCUGCAGGUGCUCCGGGGCCUCCAGUACCUGCACAGGAACUUCAUCAUCCACAGGGACCUGAAGGUCUCCAAUCUACUCAUGACUGACAAGGGCUGUGUGAAAACAGCGGACUUUGGCCUGGCCCGGGCCUAUGGUGUCCCAGUAAAGCCAAUGACCCCCAAGGUGGUCACCCUCUGGUACCGUGCCCCUGAGCUGCUGCUGGGAACCACAACCCAGACCACCAGCAUUGACAUGUGGGCCGUGGGCUGCAUCCUGGCUGAGCUGUUGGCCCACAAGCCCCUUCUCCCUGGCACAUCUGAGAUCCACCAGGUUGACCUGAUUGUGCAACUGCUGGGGACGCCCAGUGAGAACAUCUGGCCGGGCUUUUCCAAGCUGCCGCUGGCCAGCCAGUACAGCUUGAGGAAGCAGCCGUACAACAACCUGAAGCACAAGUUUCCAUGGCUCUCUGAGGCCGGGCUGCGUCUGCUGAAUUUCCUCUUCAUGUAUGAUCCCAAGAAAAGGGCGACAGCGGGGGACUGCCUGGAGAGCUCCUACUUUAAGGAGAAGCCCCUUCCUUGUGAGCCGGAGCUCAUGCCCACUUUCCCCCACCACCGCAAUAAGCGGGCUGCCCCGAGCACAGCGGAAGGUCAGAGCAAACGGUGCAAGCCCUGAUGAUGGCCACAUGCUGGCUCCGGAUGACUCCAGAUCAGAGGUCGCCCUGCUCAGCAGCUGGCAGGGUGUGGACUGCGGGUGAUGGGGAAGGACGGGGCCUUGUGAUGCCACCUUCUGGUGGUACGGGGCCACCAUUCCUGUUAACACUGCUGCACAGAACCCAGGGAGAAUGCUGGCACUGGGUUGGGCCCUGGCCUGGGAUCAGCAUGAUCUUCUGGGGCCACCUAAGGUACAAAUAGGCUCUGAUGACCCCGGGAAGGGCUGGCCAGAGUCCAGGUGGGAAGGAGGGGCCCAGUGUGGGGUGAGGACGGUGGCAGGGGAUGCCGCUGAGACUCGAUGGGGAAGUGGGCGCCCAUCCUGGGGGUGAAGAGAUAAAAGCCUUCCGAGCAGA